UGUUAUAAAAUAUUCAAUUUUGGUUGAAAAAUAUGCUUUCUGGCAACAACUAAGUGAAGCAAUUUGGAGCCAGCUUUUCAUGCAGUAGUACUUUUGAACUGCCUGGAACUGCAUAAAAAUAAUAAACCAAAUUUUGUCUGCUAGAUCAAACCAAACUUUUUAUUUUGCAAAAUUAUCGACAAGAAUGCUAGAUCUAGAAAUCUAGAUCUAGAAAACACACUUCUCUAUCUAGAUCUAGAUAAAUAAGAUAUAUCUAUACCAGUUUUUGUUAUUUAAAAUGGCACAACAAGAAGUAAGCCUGAGAUUCUUUUAUGUUCAUUUUGUGGGGGAUAAAAAGAAAAUGGCACACUGGCUUAUGGAUUUAGGAUUUUUGACCAACAGAUAUACCUGUCCUAAAUGUGGAAAAAAUAUGAUGUUGGUUUUAAGAAAAUGUUUAAAAGAUGGUGUUAUUUGGAAGUGUUCAUUAAGAACUAGAUCUAGAACUGGUCCUGAAAACCAUGAAAUGGAGAGAACAAUAAGAAAAGGAACGUGGUUUGAAACCAGUAAAUUAUCGUUCGACAAAAUGCUACUAUUAACCUUUAUGUGGAUUACACAAUGGAAUUGUGAUAGUAUAAUUGAAGAAUUACAAGCAAGUUCUUGUACUGUUACUGAAUGGACAAGUUAUUGCAGAAAUGUUUGUGUUCAAUUAUGUGUUAACGAAAGUGAAGUAUUAGGUGGACCUGGUGUUACUGUUGAGUUUUAUGAGUGUUUAUUGGGAAAAGUAAAAUUGCCUAAAAACAAGCGAAUUGAAGGAAAGUGGGUAUUUGGAGGAAUAGAACCAGCAACUGCUAAAUUUUUCAUCUGUAUUGUGCCCCACCGCAGCACUGAUGCCUUAGUAAAGGUUCUAAAAGAAUGGAUAAAACCCGGAACUGUUGUCCUUGGUGAUUGCUGGAACACAUACAAUUGUUUGGAGGAUGAUGAGUUCACACAGCUUAGAGACAAUAGCUCUAUUGAAUUUAACAGUCUGUCCGAAUCCCAGUUAGAUGCUCCUGAAGCUUAUAGUAAAUGGAGUGAAAUUAAAAAAAGCCUUAGCUCUUGUCAAUUUAAUAUCCACUUUUUUGAAUACAUAUGGAGACAAAAGCACAAAAAUGAUCCUUGUAUGUUCAUGUCUUUCAUGAAUGGUGUUACAAAUGUUUUUCCACCUAAAAGCCAUGAUUAACAGGUUAAAAUUUUUUCUUUUUGCUGUAUUGUAAUGCCAAGAAGAUUAAGAAAUACUUGUAGUAUAUCUCAGUUGUUUGUGAGCUAUAAAUAAACAUGAAAAACAUGUGCUGUAGCAGUAGGCUACUUGAUUUUAUUUACAAUUAAGUUGCUUUAUUUAUUUUUCUUCUCUAUUGAAAUGUUAAAAUAUAUAUAUCAUGCUAUUGGUUUUGGCCAACAUGUAAAAGGUUUGUUCAUUAAAAUAUUGCUUUAACUUGUUUAGUUUAAGUUCUUAUUUUGAUUCAACUUAAAUUUUGCACUUGUCCUUACAAUUAAGUUUUGUUUCCCAUGAUUUUUUAAAAUUACAAUUAAACUAUAUUAUUUUUAGUACUUUCUCUUUCUAUUAGCAAAAUUUCACUACAGGUUAUCUUCAAGAGGUUGUCCAGCAUUUAUUUUUCCUCAUCCUGAAGCAUUGAGGCAGAUUCUCUUUUUGAUAGGCUGGUCUCUAAGAUUGAGCCUACAUAGUAACACAAUCCAGCUCAGAUGGCUACCUAAUUUUAGGGGAUCUCUAGAGGCAACUGGGGAUUAAUCUGGUCCUGGAAUUUCAUUUUCAUAAUGGAUAAAAUGUUGCAUGUUCAUUGAAAUUUUAUUCAGUUGUAUUUACCAUAAAAUGUACAAAUACCAAUUUUGUUCUAAUAUUACAUACAUAUCUUAUUUAUUUCAUAUUUAAUUCAAAUUGUUCAUAUUAAGUGUAUUAUUUUGUUACAAUAACUUUCAGUGUAUUGAUUUAUAUACUACCACACAAAGUAUUUUUGUUAUUUACUCACACUCAUUUCCAGAUUCUUCAUACUUUAUGUCAUGUAUUUUAUAAACAAUUAAA